AUGACCCCCAACACAGCUGCUGAGUCCUGCGCAGGCGGCUCCGUGUGUUGCAACCCGACGCGGCUGCAGGCGUUCAGGCAGACCCUCGAGCUGGACGGCUUCGAGGUCGACCUCCGAGUCUCGAUCUGUGCCCAAGCAAAUUAUAACCUGUCGUUUGAGGGAGACUGCGUUCAAGUUCACAGUCCCAACUACAACCACCCUUACAAUAACAACGAAAUCUGCAGUUUCCAAGUCACAGCUCCAAGUGAUUGUGAAAUCGAGGUUCAUUUCUGCGAGGUGUCAAUGGAGAAGUGCUUCUACGACACUCUAACGAUUGAUGGCAACACCUAUUGCGGAGUCAUGAACCCAGCAAACUGGAUAACAGAAGGUAACAUCGCAUCGAUGCGGUUCGACACGGACUUCAGUCAAGUCAAUCGUGGCUUCAAAGUGGUCCUGACGGCAGUGAAUUGCUUUAACUGUUCAAAUGGACCGAUUUAUGUAGUGGGCACAGACACCGUCAUCACGACAAAUACCGGAGGCAUCAUCCAUUCACCUGGGUACCCUGGCAAUUACCCCGACAACGUGUUUUUCACCGUGACUAUCAACGCCCCAGCAGGAUGUACCAUUAUGUUUGUCUAUAAUGUAUUCGAUGUAGAAUUUGGAGAUACCUGUCAAUUUGACUACUUCCAAAUCAACGAUGUUGGUGCAACAACACCAUGGCCCAAGUACUGUGGCACCAUACCUCCGACCUUCAACAUGUCAGCCACGAACCAAGUCGAAAUCGUUUUCUCUACCGAUAAGGCGGUAGUUGCUGCCGGAUUUGAGAUUUGCUUCACGCUCAACAGUCCUGAAGUCUUUCACGUAGCUUGCUUUAGCUCCAAACCUUACCAGGUGUAUGUCUUCAAGGAACUACUGUGA